CAUACGGCUUCGGCAAUUGAAUCUAGCCGAAUGUUGGAGUCGGCAUCGCACUCGCUGCCGACGGGCUGACUACGCGGUCCUUGCAAAACAAACAACUCGUACUCACUUUUGACCAACUUCAUCAUGCCUGAUCAUGAUGCGCCCCGCAGUAUAUCUGGAGAACUUGAUCCGGAUUCUGAUAUUGACUCCCAUCUCGAUCACGAUGAUGGGGUAGGAGGUCCGAAUAAGCCAGGCAGGAAAAAAAAUCCAAACUCCCAGGCAGCACGUCGUGACCAGAAUCGUAUUGCCCAGCGUGAGUUCCGUUUGAGGAAACAGCAAAGGAUUCGUGACCUCGAAGCACGCGUGGAAUUACUUUCUGCGUCCCAAGAUGAAGCUCUGACUGAUUGUAGAGCUGUUCUUAGGGAUCUCAUGGCCGAAAAUCAGGUCCUCCGCGGUCUCCUAAAGAGCGUAUCAGGUUUCAUUGGUGAUGGCGCCGGUGGUAUGCUAGUAAAACUUGGUUGGGACAUGGCAGACUUCGACAGCUUCGUCAAUAAGGCAGAGACGGACACUGCAUGGGAGAGUUUCCAAACCCGCAAACAUUCUCACACUUCGCAAACAUCGAGCGCGAUGUCUUCAACGCUAGGCGCACCGAAUAAUAAACGUCCAGCAGACGACGAUAGUGGUCCUGGACCGGCAAAGAAGACAAGAGGUAUGAGUAACUCAGAGCAAAACGGUGACCGUCGGGAUUCUUAUCCGCUCAUGAUGCCCAUGAGCUCCGCGGUGCCUCCUGCUCCCUCCUUAUAUCCCCCACCACCCCCGCAAGGACGCUCUCAGGACAAUUUAUUUUCAGAUCUCAUGCAAUCAGGGAAUUCGCCUGUCUUCAUGUCCACUACAACGUCUACCACCCCAAGCCAUUAUGCUGCUUCGGCUGAUUUUCAACCUUACGUGCCCCAAAUGAACGUGAACGUCGAGCAACGCUUAGGGGCAAUGUACUCCACAAGCAAAACAAAUGCAGCUGUCCCUCCUCCGCAACGGGUUCUACCUCAAAAUUCGUUGGCAAACGAUGAACCUGACGAACAUGAUAUGGGAGAACUUCAAGAUCCCAAAAAGAUUGAAGCUAUGAAAUUAAUCAAAUAUCACCUCGACAAUUUCAUGAGAAACAGUGCGUAUUGUCUUCCGGCUUCGUUACGACCAACUCUGGUGCAGAGAACGAUAAAUCAUGAAAGUAUUAUCGACCGUAUUAUAUAUCCUGAGCUCCGAGAUCGUAUCAUCCUCCUUCGAGGGCAAAUUUCGUUAGCGGACUGUCUUUUUGACUACAAGAAAGCAAUCAAGCUUCAUGGAGACGAUGUUCUUGCCCAGCACAACUGGGAGCUUGCUGAGUGGUGGUUGCGGAAGUACAGUUACCUCGUCGACAAGACAACCUUGAAUGUCUGCAAUCGCUGGAGGCAUGAGCGCGGUGAACCAGAUUUGUCGCUAUCCGACAUUGGUGCUCAAGGAGAUUCUCCCGGGUCUUAGGACUGUCGUGUGUCCAGGUUUCAUGGAAGAACGCUUGUAAAACUUAUUACUGUAA